AUGUACUCAAAGGGACGAAAAAUCGGUAUAAACAUUGCAGGAAAGUUGAAGAAAAAACUGGGGGAUACGGACGAAAAAGAGCAGGUGACCCCAUCCCAAGGUGUGGUGAGUGAGUCUGCUGCACCUGGAAUGAAGGCCAGUGGUCCAACCCAACAACUUAACAAAAGUACAUCUCUUGGUAGCAUCCACAAUGACUCAUCUGAUGGUGCCAUUGUUGACCAUGAUGACAUCAUCAACCUCACGCAUAAUGUCAAGCGGUUCUCAGAUGGACUUGCUAGACUUAAAGGAGUCUUUGGAGAGUGCUCAGAAUCUGGAGAGGACUUGAGACACAGAACGCAUGAGCGACUUGGUGAAGUGCUAUAUACCUUGAAGAAUAUCUUGCAAAGCUACCCAGUCCUUCAGUCCACUGAGCUGUUUGCUGCAUCAGGAGCUCUCAUCUCCAAGGUCAAAAGUUUUGAUUAUGUUGGAACGUCAACUACAUCUGCAGAAAUACAUUUUUCUGAAGCAAUAGACCAGUUAGCCUUGGUGUUCAGCAGUAGUGUCUCUGAGUACUUAAUGGGUGACCAGGAUACCUCUUUCCAAGAGAAGACGGUGAAGGCAAUGUCAUAUGAUGGCUUGUCCUCUACGCAGGAUAGAACGGAAGAAGUACCAGAGGCUGACGAUAGUAACAAAGCUGUUGCAGUGCUGACCACAGAGGGGGUGGACAGUGUUCUAUGCCAACUACAGGCAGGGGUGGACGUAGCACUACAACGUGCCAAGGUCUGGUCCAAGUAUAUGAAGGAUGUCACCUCCUACAUAGAACGCAAGGCUCAACUUGAGACGGAUUACUCAAAGAAUCUUGGUCGCCUUGCUCAGACUAUGAAGCCUAUUUUAACAGAGGAGGCCUUCCUACCUCUACAGUCAGUCUAUUGUACAGUUCUACAACAGGACAAAGAUUAUGCGAGUACUUGCCAAGCUACACAAAUGUUACUACAGGCAUCCAAGUUUGUGGAGCCAUUAACUGCCAGACGGUUAGAACACGACAAAGAACGGAAAACCAUCAAAGACUCUUGGCUAAAGGAAGUAAAGAGAAUGCAAGAUGCAGUUCACAGUUUACGGAAGGCACAGACACUGUAUGUUACACGACAGCAGGAGUAUGAGAAGGUACGGGAGCAAGCCAACAAGCUGGAGGCGGACAUGUUGUCCCAAAGUAGCACUGGUACUAGUGCUUUGAGUAAGGUGGACAAACGACGAAAGUUAGAAGAGGAGGCCAUGCACAAGGCUGCGGAGGCUGAGACGACAUACAAGGCAUGCGUAGCUGAGGCAAAUUGUAGGCAGCAAGAGCUGGAAAAGACAAAGGCAGACCUUAUAGCCAGAAUACGAGAUCAGAUUUACCAGUGUGAUCAAGUUAUAAAACUGGCUACUAUAGAAUACUUCCAUCUCCUACACACAGUUUCAACACCCAUACCUAUACAGUAUCACACUUUGUCAGAGACAACAAAGCAGUAUGAAAGUGGGGUCCAGUUCCAGGAGUAUGUCAAACGCUUGCCUGUCAACUCUAGCAAUACAACAAACACAGAACCGUUUGCAUUUGAACCUUUUUAUACAACAAGAGAAAUUGAGAACAGAAAAACAAGUACACAAUCUACAGGAUCUGCAUCCUCAGGGCCUCAGUCACAAGAGGGCUCACCUCAGCUUACCUCCCCUCGCAAAGACCGGUACCGUGCUCCUGUGAAGGCAUGGAGUCCUGGCCUUGUGAUGGGAAGUGACACUGACAGUGCCAGUGGUAGCAGUAAGUCUGUUGACUCCUCCCCCAGCAGUAGUCCCCACCCUACCAGUCACAGGAAACUUGUGACUGCAGGAUCACUGGAUGGACUGGAUGAGAGGGAUGAUGCUGAUCAACACAGGGACUUACUGUCACUACCUGGAGCUGAUGGUGGGGAUCUUCGCGGUAUUCUGAAGCCUAGUGGUCGGCGGAGGAACACAACGUUUGGGGUAGACUUCCAGGAACAAGUGGAACAUUGUAAAUCUGCUGUGCCUCCUAUCAUCACCAAGUGCUUGAAGGAAAUUGAAAAAAGAGGUCUUAAUCAAGAGGGUAUUUAUCGGAAAUCAGGGGUAAAAAGUAAAGUGGAAGGUCUAUGCCAGCGUUUUGAGAAAGAUCCUGACUCUGUUGAUCUCACCGAGGAAAAUCAUAAUGUUAUCUCUAAUGUAUUAAAGCUUUAUCUCCGACAGUUGCCAGAGCCAUUGUUAACAUUUAAAAGCUAUCAAAGUUUUAUAAGAAUUGCCAAGGAACAGAUGGCAGGAAUGUUUGACCUCGAGGAAACAGUCAAUCAGCUUGCAGAUGUUGUAUCAAAAUUGCCAUACUCAAAUUUUAAAACCUCAGCAAUUAUUAUGCACCACUUACACAGAAUUGCUGAUAACUACAGUUCAAAUCAGAUGACAGCAAGUAACCUGGGUAUUGUGUUUGGUCCAACGUUACUCAGACCUUUGGAAGGAGCGUCUUCUCUAGCUUACCUAGUAGACAUGCCUCAUCAGACUAGAGCAGUGGAACUCCUUAUCGCUAAUGUCAAGGAUAUAUUUGGACCAGAAACAGAGUAUGAAUUAAUACCUGGUGAAACACCUGUUGAGAAGAUUGGUGAUGGUAAAGGUCCAAAGAAACCUACCCCUAGUCCUCAGAGUACCCCCACACCAUCAAUACAGUUAGACAAACAAGAUUCUACAGAAAAGAAAGAUAAAGGCACGGAGAAGCAACCAAUCAAGUCUGAAAGUUCUUCAGUCCCAGAGAAGCCAGUAGAACAGCUGAUACAAGCAGUACCAGAAAACAAAGAUCCAGACCAGAAGAGUUCAGAUGCAGACUUUUUACUGCCAGGGACUGCCCACUGUGACAAAAAGGCAUCCCCUUCUGUCACUAUCUCUGACGAUAAAGGAAAAGCAGCAGGUGGUCCGACAGAGCUAGUUACAAGUUCAUCAAAACCGUCAGUAAAGAGUGGGAAACCAUCUCCUCCUCAGCUGUUAAAACUGGCUUCCCAGCUGCUAUCUCCAGGUAGUUCCAGGAAGAUGGCAGUUCCAACUAUCAAUAUCAUUGACAGCAGUCCAGUGGGAGAGAUCAGUGUGCACUCAAGAUUCCCUGCUGAUUCUGAUAAAGCCAAAAAGCAGGGAGCUCUGCAGCCGAAGAGUUCAAGUAGCAAUGCCCAAAGUUUGCUGAAAUCUGUGGGGCCUUCUAUCCAGUCAUCAAUACAAUCAUUCAUGUUAGCAACAGCUAAGAGUUUUGGUAGUAAUGGAAGUGGCAGUAAGUCAAGUAAGGUUGAUGUCAAUAGUUCUAGUCAAGAUUUAAAGACUUCUGACUCCCCUGGGGUUCUGUCAAGGCAGAGUUCAAGUUCUCCUUCUAGCUCACCUAGUGUAUCCAGACAGAAUUCCUCUUCCCCCUCCAUAAGCCCUACCCCUCAGUCUCCUUCCCUGCCUCGAUUUGAAAAGUCCUCUUCCUCACCACCUUUGCCUGUUGUUGGAAAUCCUACAACACCACCUCCAAACAAACCUCCGCCUCCUUCUCCGACUUUCUCAAGGUCACCAGAAAAGACCCCUCCUUCACCCCCAGUCUUCGUCAGGCGCACAACAGCACCAGCAACCAAACCCAUGCCACCUUCACCAGUAUUUUCAAGGCACUCAAAAUCUGAGUCAGUUUUGUCAAAAUCCCUUCCAAGCUCAUCAUUGUCUUCAUUUUCAAAACCACCAACUCCUCCCUCCCCUACCCUCUCAAAUAAAUCAGCAUCAUCCUCUAAACCUACGCCUCCCUCCCCUACCCUCGCCAAUAAAUCAGCAUCAUCCUGUAAACCUACUCCUCCCUCCCCUACCCUCUCCAAUAAAUCAGCAUCAUCUAUUAAACCAACUCCUCCCUCCCCAACUCUCUCGCAAAAGUCAGCAGCACCCUCUAAACCCAAUCCUCCUUCCCCUACCAUUGCAAGAAAUACAAUAUCCGAGAAACUUAUCCCAGCAUCACCAUCUUUAGCCAGAGGGGUAGCCUCUAUGCGAUCAAUUCCUUCCCCUACUUUAUCUCGACAUGCUGUGUCAGAAUCUGCAAUCAAAUCCAAGCCAGGAUCCCCAUGCUUAACGAGGCAAUCUGCAGUAAAUAAGCCUGUUCCUUCAUUAUCUUCAUCUUGGUCUGCACGCACCUUUACUUCUGAUCCUUGCCAAUCAAAGACUACUGUGUCUGACCAGCCUCCUGUCCAGAGUUCAAAUAGAUCCUUGGACCCAAAACAGAAACAAACUGAGACUUCAAAUAGAUCCUCGGAUUCCAAACAUAAACAAACAGAGACAGACACAUUGUCAGUGUCAGCCAACACGUUAAAGACACGUGCAUCACCUACCUUGUCUAGACAGCAGGCAGUGCAGUCAGAUGAGGGUGAUCUGAAAGUUCCCUUUACACCCACUCCUCCUCGCUUCUCCCCAGCCUUACUACGCCACUCAAUGUCUAUUCAGUCAUCCUUGCCCACUUCCUAUGGAUUACGGAAAACCAGCCCGUCCCCAACUUUGUCCAGAAAGUCUCUCUCUUUAUCUGAUCACACAACAGGCAAGACUGGUAGGAUAUCGCCACGCCCCCUGUCUUCUCCACUACUGUUACGACAGACAGCUAUCACACCGCCUUUGGCUUCCUUUCAGAGUCUGAGAGACACAGCUAUGAUAGGUGACAAGUCUUUCAGUAGUCGAUCAGACCAUUUGAAAGGUCUCACCAUUAAAGAAAAGCCUGAGCCCAACAACCAUUGUGAUGGUAAUAUGUCAUCAGAGGUUAAGAACAGCUUUGGAGAGUAUGAUCAGAAAGCUAGAAUGAGCCUUAGUCCUGAUAAACGGGCUGUAUCUGACCCUAGCUUGGGCAGAGCAUCCUUGUCUGAAGAAUUUAUGUCAAAUACACCUUCUUGUGAUUAUGAAAGUUGUCAGACCCUGUCUUUUGAGGCUGAUGAUACCAGUGGAAAUGUCUCCAUAGAAAGACAAGAACCAUCCAACAGAUCUAUGGAGUCCUCCAAAAGUGACCAGUCUUCCUGGUCUUUUUCUAGUCACUCCUCAGCUUCUGAUUCUGAUAUUUCUUCCGCUGCAAAUUCAGAUAUGUCCCCAGAAUUCAGAAAGAAAUUGAUAUCGCUACCCCGACCUCAGCGAGUCCAUUUAAUGUCUGGAACUGGAUUUCCUGACUUCUCGCCAAUCCUUCCACGCCAAAAAGAAUAUAACAUAAAAAAAGCUGAUUCCACUCCUAGCUUACCUUGUGCAGCAUAUCCACUGAGUGGAAAUUUGUCAGCCAUGCUGAGCACUCCCAGAGGAACCUGCCCUGGAAGUCAGGCUGAGGAUAGGUAUAACUCCGUUCCUAGGAAAUCCAAGUCAUUUGAGUUUCAGUCUAUCACUGAUUCUUUAUGUGCCUCCAGUAAGGAUUCAGAGUCUGGGCUUUCAUCUGGUGUGUCCAGUCCACAGCUCUCUGGAGCUGGUCAGGGCUGCAGACCAGCACACACCAGUCCAUCAGUUAUGCCACCUGGGCCUAGAGCAACACAUUCACAGGAGGAUUCAUCUUCACCCAGUAAAUAUUGUCAAUCUGAAGCACUGUCCAGACCUGGUAUAGUCUCAGCUUCUAGUCAAUCCCAUGUUCUGCCUUCUGAUGCCCCAGCCUUGCAGGUCAAGGCCAUGCCACCAAAGAAAGAAGGGCUGCUGCCCCCUGCUGAUAUGACUAUGAUACAGGCCAGCACCGCCCUGAAGGUGUGCUCAACUCCCUCUCUCCUGUCGUCACCAUUGAAGGCCAAAGUUCUUCCUACUGCACUAUCUCCAUCUGCUACGUCACAAACAGAUCCUACUUGUCACGUGCCUUCUCCCUCACCAAUAGCCUCAACAACUCCUGCACCACCUAUUUCCCAAGCUAUGACACAGAGACUUGCAGGAUCUAUAAAUGAGGAUCAGCCCACACUCCCAGAUACUUCAACUGCCAAUAGCAGUAUAGGAAUGGAAACAAAACAGUCCCUUGUCAUAGAUACUGAACCAUGUAAAACAGUAGAAACAGAAGUAUCAUUAUCACCUAAAUUAUCUCAUCUCCCAAUGCCUAAAACUCCUCCAAAAUCUCCCCCUUCACCACGGGAUACUUGCAUACCAGUCCCAAAGACUCCACCAACUUCUGGCAGAGUUACUCCUACACCGCCACCUAAAACCCCAUCAUCCCCUAAAACACCUCCACCUUGUAAGGCACCUUCUAUUCCUAAAUCCCCACCACCUUUGAAGACUCCUAUAUCUCCUAAAGCUCUUCCAUUUUCAAAGAGCCCACCACCUGUUUCUCCAAAACCUCCUCCUUCUAACAAAAUCCAAAGUUGUUCAGAUGCUCUGCUAGUUUCUGAAAAAGCAGCCAAGUCUGACCAUGUUAUGCCAGCUUCUCGGUCUGUAGGUAUAACACAAACCCCACCACCUAAACCUUCUCAGACCCUGCCUGCUGCCCCACCCAUGAAGGCAGUCCUUCCAGACACCCCACCAGCUGUCAGUGUGCCAAGUCUGCCCUUGGUACCAGCAGUCAAAGAUGUGAAGACAAGGACUGCUAGAACCACUGUGAAGACCACAAAGUCUGCCUCCAGGGACCCUGUCAAAGUUGUCAAAGGCCCAAGUGGCAUUGUUAUGGGUAAGGCAGCCAUUAUGCCUGGAGGUAGGGGCGCUAUGCACAGAUCUAUGUCAGCUGGUGGAGUGCCUGGUACAGCUAAUGGUAAACGUUCACCUGUACCUCCCACUACCAAACAUCCAGUGAAGCCUGGUACUGGUACAGGGGAGUCAGGCUCAGGGUGUACUAGUCCUACUCCACAAACCUCAGGCAGAAAGACGCCUACCACUGCCGACAAGAAGCCUCCUGCUGGCACUACAUCUGGUAUUACCUCUGGAAGGAAAACUCCCACUGGUAAUGUGGCUGCUUGUGGCAGGAAGACACCAACAGGGUCUUCAUCCUCUGGUUCCAGCUCUGGACGUAAGACCCCUAUUACCACAGUUACUGGCAGUAAUUCUAAAUCAGAGAAGGUUUCCUGCUCUACAUGUGGGAGACGGAAAAACUCAUCAACAAAGUCUGUAUCUGACGCAUCUCAGCCAGUAACCCUAACAGCCUACAGACGUGCCUCCACAGGUACCAGUGGGGUUAUCUCCUUAGGUGAGCCAGUUACCGAGGAGUCUCCAAAACAAACCAAAUCUCCUGAACCAAAGGAGAGUCCUAAAAAAGAAAGUAAAAGUGCAGGGCGCAAAGUGGCUGGAAAAACGGUUGGUUCUGGUACAAAGAAGGACAGACUGCCUCAUUUUGUAUGAUAUGCCAGGACAUUAUAUACCUGCUUAGAGGUGCAUAACCAACUUCUAACUUUGAAAUACUGACAAAACAUCAGUAGAUUUAUAUUUCAAAAUGAGAUUUACAUGUGUGAACUGAAUGUUUCACAUUCUGUUAUUGCCACUUCCAUGUGUUAAUGGCCUGCUUGUUCACACCCCCUGCUAGGCAUGACGUGUUACUCACCCUAUACUAGACGGGUGUGAACAGCUGCUGGCCAUGGAUCACCACUGUUUUUGUUACUCAGCUGUUCUACAUGUUGAUACUUUUUCCUCUACUUUAUCUUCCUUUUUUCUAAUUUUGAAUCUUUUUAGUGUGAGUGUAUGUAUUACUAAAUUUCAUUCCGUAUUCUUAAGAGUUUAUUUUUGUUUGCUUUUCAUUUUUUUAAUAAAAUAUGACUGAUGAAUUAGGGUGAAGCUGACGAACUUUUGACCUAGAUAUGUUGGUGCUGCCUCGUCGCAGUCAUAUGUAGGUCGUGGUGCAUAAUUUUCUGAAUUACUGAUUUGUGCGUAUUUUGCAUAAUACCGGUAAGCUCUCCACAAAUGAUAUAGUAAUGGAGUCAGAAAGAUAUCUGUUCGAACUUUGUCAUAUGUCUUAAAUUUAGAAAGUUUUUAUUUUCAGUUAUCUGCAAUUUUCUAUCCAUUCCAAAAUUGAAUGUUGUCAUGAUUUGAGAGUUGGACAUACAUGUACUAGUAUAGGUUUCAGCUGAUCUUUGGUAUGAUGGGCUCUUCCAUUCAUUUAAUCAAUCAGCUGUUAAUUCCCUAUGCUCAAGGCAUGAUAGGUCACAGAUAUAAGAUUUUUUGUCUGUGGACAGAAAGUUGAUGCAACAAAUCAUGAUGAAUUGCUUUUGCAGAUACAGUGGUACCUAUAGACAAUACAAUUUAUUAAAUUAAUGCUUUCAUUUAUAUAAUUUCAAAAAGCAAUAAGAAACCAGUGGUGAUAUUAGAAUUGUAAGUAUAUAAAUCGGAAGGUGAAUUUACAAAACAUUGUUUUUCUUUUGUUGCAAGUCAGUUAACGAUCAGCGAUAUUGAUUAAUAUGUACAUCUUGUCUAAGCAUGAUAGUGUGAUAUUUGUGAUGUGUGGUAAGAGAGGACAAGUUCACUACAGACGUCAGUACUUAGCAUGAUAGUGUGAUAUUUGUGAUGUGUGGUAAGAGAGGACAAGUUCACUACAGACGUCAGUACUUAGCAUGAUAGUGUGAUAUUUGUGAUGUGUGGUAAGAGAGGACAAGUUGACUACAGACGUCAGUACUUCGCAUGAUAGUGUGAUAUUUGUGAUGUGUGGUAAGAGAGGACAAGUUGACUACAGACGUCAGUACUUAGCAUGAUAGUGUGGUAUUUGUGAUGUGUGGUAAGAGAGGACAAGUUCACUACAGACGUCAGUACUUAGCAUGAUAGUGUGAUAUUUGUGAUGUGUGGUAAGAGAGGACAAGUUCACUACAGACGUCAGUACUUAGCAUGAUAGUGUGAUAUUUGUGAUGUGUGGUAAGAGAGGACAAGUUGACUACAGACGUCAGUACUUCGCAUGAUAGUGUGAUAUUUGUGAUGUGUGGUAAGAGAGGACAAGUUGACUACAGACGUCAGUACUUAGCAUGAUAGUGUGGUAUUUGUGAUGUGUGGUAAGAGAGGACAAGUUCACUACAGACGUCAGUACUUAGCAUGAUAGUGUGAUAUUUGUGAUGUGUGGUAAGAGAGGACAAGUUCACUACAGACGUCAGUACUUAGCAUGAUAGUGUGAUAUUUGUGAUGUGUGGUAAGAGAGGACAAGUUGACUACAGACGUCAGUACUUCGCAUGAUAGUGUGAUAUUUGUGAUGUGUGGUAAGAGAGGACAAGUUGACUACAGACGUCAGUACUUAGCAUGAUAGUGUGGUAUUUGUGAUGUGUGGUAAGAGAGGACAAGUUCACUACAGACGUCAGUACUUAGCAUGAUAGUGUGAUAUUUGUGAUGUGUGGUAAGAGAGGACAAGUUCACUACAGACGUCAGUACUUAGCAUGAUAGUGUGAUAUUUGUGAUGUGUGGUAAGAGAGGACAAGUUCACUACAGACGUCAGUACUUAGCAUGAUAGUGUGGUAUUUGUGAUGUGUGGUAAGAGAGGACAAGUUCACUGCAGAUGUCAGUACUUAGUUACCAGUGUGAGAUUUUGUAGUAAGAGAGUGUUCUACACUAGUUGACUACAAAGGUUAGUACUUAAUUAGUAUGAAAGUGUGAGAUUUGUAAGGUGUUGCAAGAGGGAACAAAUUGACUGCAGAUAAAAGAACUUUGUUAGCAUGACAGUGUAGAAUUUGUAAUUUAAGAAAUUGAAACUGACUGCAGACUCUACUGCUCAUGUAUAUAUGUACACAUGGUGCUAAACUACAUACUUUUUGUAUGUUGUACUAGACUGUUAUGGGAUAAUUGAGAACAAAGUUAAUUGAUUGUUCAGACUCCCUCUCUUGGAAUCCUUGUGUAAGGGAAAUAUUUAGUUAUAUUUCUUGGAAUGAUUCAGAAGAGGAAAAAGUUGUCCUGUGUAGGGAUAGAUGUUAAACCUCAUACUGUUGUAGCAUAUCUUUAUGACUGUACUUUUGGAGUAACAACAUAGCUUGUGUGUAAUGAGAACAUGUGAGACUUGUAUGUGAAUGAAAGAUGAGAGUAAGUGAAAAUGAAAAUUGUGUCAGUAAUGUAGUUUUUUUAUAUAUAUUGUGGCAUUUACAAUAAGUUUCUGACCGUGUGUAGAGUCAGACUUACACACUUGUAGAUCAUGGAAUAGCCCAUCAGACUACAAACUUUUAUUUGUAAGUUCUUGUAAACCCUGCCGAGGUCAAACAAUAGAAGGUGUUAUAUACUUUAGAAUUAUACUUACCUGAUAGAUAUACUCCUAAUGUAGGAAUUCAGGGACAACAAUUGGGUUUGUGCACAUAGAUCCAAACUUGCAAGUUUCAUGACAACUUGAAACACUCACAAUUCGCAUCAACAUUUUGAUAAUUAUGUUGUAAAAAUUAUUCUUGCUGUAAACAAAUAACUUGUGUGCAUUUAUUGACCAUGAAAGGUAGUAACUUUUCAUUUGAAUUCUGAAGACAAACUGAGCAGUACUUUUACUGAAGCUAAGACAGAACCCACACACGUGUAGUCCCUAUGUAUAUUGGUUACAUAUGCCGUACAAGUUGGUCCAAGCACUAUUCAAUUUUGUAUGUGCAUUUUAUUACAUUGUAGGAUACAGAUAAAAAAAAGUUGCCAUAAUUUGACUUCAAUUACUGAGAAUUAAUAUGGUAAUUUUGUCUUCUUAUUUUAUAAAAUUUGUUGCAAUGCAAUGCGUGCAAUAUUGUUAUGUAAUGACUGUAGGUUUGUUGUGUAUGACUCGCUGUAUUUUCUAUAUUGACUCGCUGUAUAUCAUAUAUUGACUCGCUGUAUGCUAUAUAUUUACUUGCUAUGUGUUAUAUAUUGACUCGCUGUGAAUUGCUGUAUGUUAUUAUAAAACCUUGUAAAUACAGCCUAUUUAUCAUAUAUUUUACAAAUAGUCCUAGAUGUGUAACGUUUUGUACACAGUAUUCAUAGAAUAUGAUCUGAUAUAUAUUUUGUAAGUUAUUAUAUUGAUUUAUCAUAUUUUUUAAGUUGUUUCUUUUAAAAGUUUGUAUGGUGUGUGAAUGAUUUUCUAAUUUAACUUUCUCUUUUAUCAUGCAUUGUGCAAACAUGACCAGUGAUUUGUCCUUAACAUCGUAGUCAGCUGCGAACUUACCACUGAUUGGUUACUGUACUGCUUUAUCUCAUGUCUAGCUCUGCACUGUUGUUUUGAUCUUUAAGGAAUAUCCGCAUCAGAAUGCCUUACCAAGGUAGCUUGAAUUCAUGGCUUAUUAAACCCAAUUAGAAGAAAAAAGUAAAUACUUGUACAUAUACUUAAUCCAUAUUCUAAAUUGUACACUUGGUUAGUAUUGCACAUAGAUCAAAAUUUAAAGAAUCUUAUAAAAUUGAUUAUCCAGCAAUUGUUAAAGUGAUAGGAAUUUAUUAUCAUAAUAAAGACACAUCUAAUUGAAAAAAAAUGAUAAUAAAUUGCUCAAUUUAGAUUUUUACUAACGUCCAUCACAUAUUUUUUAAAUCCUGUCAGCUGACAUUAAAGAUUUUCAUAUUUUUAAAUCAGAUCUUUUAAUUAUGCGGAUUUCAAGUCUAAUUAAUCUUACUGAAUCAACAUGUUAUCUAUAUAAUCCAUAAAUCAUAAUCCGUUACUACAAUAUCUCAAAUAUAUGCUCAAUACACAAAUGCUCAAACUAUUUAGUGUGGAUUUCUAUUUCAUUGUUCUUUUCUUCUAACAACAUGUUACUGUCUUGCAUAAGAUUUUUGGGAAAAGUUGGCAUAAUAUGAAAUCAUGGUAGAUUGCUGCUAGUUUUGAUGAAACCUGUUUUAUUGACUUAGUUUGUAGUCUUAAUUGUACCAGAUAGAUAUAACGAUUAGCCAAUCAGAGUCUUGGAACUUUGGUACAGGUCAGAAACGGGUUGUAUAUAUAGGGAUCUGAUAACUUCUAGUCAUACGUUGGUCAGUUUUACCUGGAUAGUCCAGUUUUAUCAUAUAUUCUGUUUCUUACAUUGAACCCAAUGAAGGAUACCUUAUGUGUAAUUUUAUUCAGUUCGUGGAAUUUUGGCCUUGCUGUGCCUUCCUCCCUUGUUGCAUGUCAGGGAGAGAUGAUCUGAAAAUGUGCCUUUUCGGUGACCAGAACUGUCUAGUGCUACAUGUCAUCAGGUUACAGAUGUUAGAUGAUACUGUUGUAGAAAGUUUUAUCAAUGUAAAUUGGACCUCAAUUACUUGUCUAAAUUAGUUAGAUUUAGUGUGUAUCCAAUGCUCCAGAUUGAAGGAGUAUGGACUCUACUGUGUAAGUGAGUAGAUGCUAGUGCUGUGAUAUAUGUAUAUAUACAUUUGUAUAGCUAAAGUUAGUGGAUCAAAUCUCAUGAGACAUCUCGUUUUUUUUCCACCAUCAAGAAUACCCAUACACAAUUCUCUUCUAACAGGGAAAUAGUGUAUGGCUUUCCUGUCUAAAAUUUAAGCAUAUUUGUGAAUGUCCAUUGCAUGCAUUUCUGUGCUGUGUAACUCUUGCAUUACAUUUUUAUUUUUAACUAAUUGAAAGAUUAAAAAAAAAUGACAAACUAUACUACUGGCAAAUCACUUUUACAACUGCUUAAAUUCAUGACCUUAAGUUAAUAACAAGCCGCAUUUAAAUUAAAUGUUUCUAAAACAGAAAUCAACAUUCAUCCUAUUUCAGUGAUCAUGCUUUUUUCAGAAAUGCCCAUGAUAAAUCUAAAACAUGUAUAUAUUUCAUAAAUGCAAAUAGUAAAUUAAUUAAUUUGUGAAAUUAUCAGUAUCGAGUUUGUCUGAUACACUUGUUUUUAUAAUGAUGAAAAAUUUGAACAAUUUAUGUCUCCACAGUAAAUAUUCAAAAUCCGUUUCAACAUUCUUAACAAUGAAACUAAAUGAUUAUGGCAAAUUGUUGAAUAUCAAGUAGAAGUAUUUAGAAGUUAGAAAUUGUUUGACAAGUUUGUGUCAGUAACGUUUGGUAAAUGUACAUGUAUACUGUUGAAUUAUGACACCAGGAUAUUCAGUGUUUUUAGGUCUACUUACACUUUAAAGGUUGAGUUAUUUAACUGUUGGUCUGAUGUAUAUGUGAAGGGUUACAACCAGUACUCGUGCUAAAACUGCACCAUUGUUAUAUAUGCUACAGAUUGUGAAAUCAUCACAUUUUUCUCAAAUUGAUAAAACGCUAUUCAGAACAAAUACCUUUAAAACAUAUAAUUUUAUACCUAUCAACAAAAGUGUGAAAUAACAGUGGAUUUAUUUACUAAUCUUUAACUUACCAGUAGUUAAUAAAAUUUUUAUUUAAAAAAAAUCAGCUAACUAAAAUUAUAAAAUUUUAUGUUUGGUAAAAAGACAUAAGAUACUGAGUAAAAUGAUACAUAAACUGAUGCUUGUUUUUGUGUGACCUACAAACAUAACAGAAAAAACUGUUUAAUUUGUACAGUUAUGAUACCUAAUAUUAAAAGUAAUAAGUUAGUAUUAUUGUAUACAGAUAAAACAAGGUGUUCAGUAACAGAUGUGUGGAAUAUUAAUGGCUGGUGAGUAUUCUUCAUCUAUUGAUACAGUGUAACAUAUAGUUGAACAUAAUAAUAAUGUAGUUUUGAAGUAUCUGAUCAGUAUCACUUUUACACAACUAGUGUCAGUCUAUUGGUAGUGUCAGAUAAAUCAUUAACAAAUUCUU